AUGAAAAAAGGAAGAGCAGAUAAUUAAGUUUAGCCUAUAAUAAAGAACAAAAAUUAGGCUUAGAGUGAAAAUCGGAAUCACUCAUAUGAUAAUGAUCGUCCUCAUCCUUAUGAAACUCCCCAGAAAUAUAACCACACUAGCAGAGAAGAGGAUAAACGAAUUAAUUAAAACCAAAAAGUAUAAUCCAAUAGGUUUCAAUAGGAGGACUCGAAACUGCCCUAUGAAAUCAAUUAUGAGAAUGAUUUUGAAAAUUAAAAAAUAUCAGAAUACUCUCUCGAUAGUAUCAGAAGAGAGGACCAUAUUGAAGAUAGAAUCAAUAAGCAUACAUUACACAAGUCAACUCACUUCUAUUCAAGAUUACUGAAAUCAUCUUCUCAAAAACACAAUAAAGAAUUAAAGCAAGAACCAGAGCCUGAAAAACCUGGUAUUGCUAUGAAUCUAUUAAAUGCUUUCGAUCAAUAAAAAUAACCAGAAGAGUAGGCUGAGUAUUUUAAUGAUGUAGAAUAUGAGAAGAUCAGUCGCAGACACUUAAAAUUGAUUAAAAGAAAUCCAAUGAAGGAUCCCUAUUAUGUUAGAUUAGUCAAGUUGUCAGAAUUUGAAAAGUUGAAUUACGAAUUGCAAAAAUACAACGAUACCUCGCCUUUUCUUUAGACGAGAAAACACCUUUUAUUCUCUAUCUAUUGCAUCCCUAUAUUAGCAAGGAAAAUCGUCAAUAAUGUGCUCUUCAAAAUUCUCAUGACCUUUCUCAUCCUCUUUAAUGUGGUUUUAUACAUAGUUGUUAAAACUAAUGGGAGAACUGACACAGGGACGAUCGAAUAAACUGUCAUGCUACUAUUUAUUUCUGAAAUCGGCUUGAGAAUAAUAGCAAGUGGAAUAUUCUUUAAUGAUUACGCCUUCUUUAGAAAUAUGGAAAACGUUUACGACUUUAUUUUAAUAUUCUUCACCGCCAUGAGCAUCUAUUACCCAGAUAUUAUCAUUAUUGAUGUCUCACCCUUGAGAUUGGUUACACUGUUGAUGUAUUUGACAAACAUCUUUCAAGGUCUGAAUGUGAUGAUGACAGCAUUAAAGCAGUCAUUCAAAUAUCUGAUAGAAGCUUUGAUGAUAGUCAUUAUGUUUUCUUUGAUCUUUGCAUCGAUGGGAAUAUUCCUGUUUCAAGGAUUGUUCAAUUAUAGAUGUCAAUACGAGAAUGGAGAUGAGACUGAAGGUUGGAUUCAGUGUAAUUAAGCCAGAUGUCCAGAUAAUAUGCAAUGUAUGUAUAGUGAGUACACACCCAAAAUGCCAACAUCCUUCAACAACUUGAUUGGAUCUUUAGGGUAGAUUUUGAGAACCAUUACAAUGGAUGAUUGGAGUUGGGUGAUGUUCUUCACAAUGAGGAUAUUUCAUCCUUGGAUUUGGCUGUAUUACUUGUUAAUUAUAUUCAUUGGGGGUUUCUUUGGAUUCAAUAUAGUUAUUGCAGUCUUGAAAGUCCAUUAUUCAGAAGCUACUCAAGAAAAUAAAGAGCAUGAGGAGGCUAAGGAAAUUCAAAAGAGAUUGAAAGAGGAGGAAGAGUUUCCAGAGAGAGAUCUACUUGAAACUUUGGAUGUAGCACAUCUGAGAGACAUCGGAAUUUACAAAGUGAUAAAGAAAUACAGAACUCUCCUAAACGAAAACUCAUUAGUAGAUUAUGCUAUCGAAGACCCAUCCAGCUUCAAACAAUCAUAUCAAACCACCAGAACUCUAUCUGCUCGAUAAAAGCAAUUAGAAAGUGGAAUUAUCAAACUCCCAUUUGUUGAUUUUGUUACAAGUUUCACUUGGAAGAGAUUUCUACUCCCCAAAUUCUAUAUCCUGGAUGAAUUGAUUAAGAAGAUCAAAAUCAAGAAUUACACCGAAGACGAGUUUAAUAUGCAAGUUAUUGAAAAGUUAAAGGGAAUAAAAUUUUCAAGAUUAUAACCUCAAGUUAAUAAGGAAGUUAAAUAGAAUUUCAUCUCCCAAAAUGAUAUUCUAUUAAAACUAAUUGACUAAUAGGAUGUUAUCCAAUAAGAAAAGGUCUUCAAUUUAGAAAAGAUUAGAGCAACGAAGUUUAAAAUGAUCUAUCAUCAGAUAAAACUAAAAGGUUAAGGCUAAUUCAGUAAAACCAAUCUCAAUAAGUCUCUGUUCCCUACGAAAAGCAAAACCCAAUCUCCAUUCGUUAGUAUGAUGUAAAAGAAAAUGGAAAAUUCAACAGAUUCUCUCAUUUAAUUAGAUAAAACUGUUGACAAGCAUUCUAAGAUGCUUCAUUCGGGUAAUUCUGAGGUGGUACUUAAGUAAUUUACAGUAUAUAAAAAUGGCCAGCUUUAUGUUUUCAUUUAGGGAUAUUACACUAAGUAUGAUGGAGUUAAAGAAAAAAUUAAUCAAAAAAUUCCAAUUAUUAAUCACAAUUUGGUUUCGAAUUAAUUUAAGUAUGAGGGAAUGAGAAUGAAGGAGUAUUAGCAUUAAAAAUAGAUAAGUAAGCAUAAUUGGUCAGGAAAGGAUGUUCUUGAAGUGAAUAAGACGAGAAUGAGGCAAUUUUACUCGAUCUUAAUGGUGCUUAAUAGAGUAGACAUCAUUAUAUGGAUAAAGGGCUUGAAGGGGUUAUAUAUAAUGUCUUAAAAAUAUGCCUAUCUUAUUGCCACUGCUAGAUUCAGUCAAUUCUUCUUUGAUUUAGUCAUCCUAAAUAAUUUCACUUUUUUAUCUCUCUAAGGAAUUGUGGACAUAUCUAUAAUAUCUACAGUGGAAGACAUCUCCACAAUUUUGCUAUGCUGUGAGCUAGUAACGAGAUUCAUUGGAUUUAAAUUGAAAGACAUAUUAAAAUCUGCUGAUAUGAUAUUGCAAUCAGCCAUCGUCAUCUUAAACUUCUUUGAAUUGACGAUGAGUGAUUAUAUGACUACGUUGAGUGAAUAGAAUUUGAGAUUAAUCAGAGGAACUAAGUGUUUAUUAUUUUAUAGAUGUCUCAAAUACAACAAGAUGGCAAUUACAAUUGGACAUAUUGCUUCAAUGACAUUUGAUUAGUACAUCUAUUUGGCAUUUCUAAUGUUUCUAGUCAUAUUUAUGUAUGCUCUAAUAGGAAUGGAGAUGUUCGUAGGAUAGUUUGAUUAAUAAGAUUCACUAGGACAAUUGCAUUCGUAUGAGAACAUUUUCAAAUCGUUUAUGACUAUUUUCAAUAUCAUGACAAAUGAUGACUGGUAUGGAGUUUAUGUAAUUGGCAGUGAUGUAGAUCACACCUUCUCUAUUAUCUACUCUUUUUCUCUAGUUUUAAUUUUGAAUUAUUUGACUUAUGGUUUAGUUAUGGCAGUAUUGUUAGAUGGUUUCGGAAAGUAUUUAGAUUAACCAAUAGAAGAAAUUCAGAAUGAAAUAAAAAAAAAUAUUAAUGAAUAAUUAUAGCACAUUACUUAGAAUUCAGAUGAAAUAUAGAUGAAUUUGGUUGAAACAAUUGAAGAAAUUAUAGUGUCUAAUAAAAACAUCUCCCAAGAAGAUCCUGGUAAAUCUAAGCCCAAUUUAAUAUAUAAUCUUUUAAAAUCCAUAAAAUAAAUAAACAAGAAAUUGUUGUCGAAAACUCCAAAAUUAUAUGAAGGCAUUGAAUGCGAACAGUCUCUGUAUUUGUUUGAUAAAGAUAAUCCAUUUCGAAUUGUAUGCACUCAUUUAACCAGUUCAUAAAUAUAUGUCUAUUUGAUGGACAUUGUCACGUAUUUGUCCAUUAUUGCUUUCAUUCUCAAAACCUAUAACGAUUUUGAGAAAGAUAGUGAAUCAUAUCCAGACACUAUUUAAUUCUCUUGCAACAUCAUCCAAUUGGCUGAUACAAUUUUUAAUGUAAUUUCUAAAGGGUUAUAUAUGGAUAAUGGGUCGUAUUUAGUGUCAACAUUUUAAGUUCUUGAUUUCAUUUAUUAAGUGUCAAACAUCAUAGCAUUUGGCAGCAACCCGGAUGAUUUCAAACCCAUUUUAAAGAUCUUGCUUUAUUUAGGUUAUUUUAGACCAAUGAAAUUAAUGUAUAGACUAAGUUGGUUGACCAAUUUGAGAGAAGCCAUAGGGAGAUCUCUCUUUGAUAUUUUUAAUGUGCUCAUUACUUUACUCUCUGUAUGGAUGAUAUUCGGAGUGUAUGGGAUAAUUUUGUAUGAAUAAUAAUUUGGGUAUUGUGAGGAUAAGAUGCAAUUUGAAGUAAACAAAGAGACAUGUUUAAGUGAAGGUAGGAUUUGGGUGAAUUACAAACAUAACUUCGAUAACAUUACAAUAGCUGUUCCAACUCUAUUUGUGACAGCAACUUUGGAUGGAUGGGGUGAAAUAUAUUAGGUUGCUGAGAACAGUUAAUUUGCUGAAAUAGGUCCAUAAGGAUUUAAUUCCUAUAUUGUAACCUACAUUUUCUUUUUGAUUUUCGUAUUUAUAGGGUCUAUGUUCUUCCUAAGUCUAUUUACAGGAGUGUUGUAUACAAAUUUGAAGAAGAAUCAGUAAGAGAUCGAGAAUACCGAAGUGACACAAUCUCAAAAAGAGUUCAAAGAGAUCUCAAACAUGUUGAUAAAUGACUUUCCUACUUUCUCCACUCCUCCUACUAGUGGCAUCAGAAAGAUUGCUUCAGAUAUCACUAAUAGCAUGACAAUCUAGAAAUUUCUGUUCUUCUUAUUGUGGGUAGACUUUGUAAUUUUACUGAUGUUUACAUCCACAAUGACAGACGAAUAUUUCAGAACCAUCAAUAAUAUCCAUAAUGGAUUGAGUGUGACUUAUUUCAUUUGGGUUUCGUUAUUGUUCCUGGCUUUGGGUGUAAAUAGAUACUUUGAUAAUUCAUGGAGAAGGUUCUAUUUUUUUCUGAUUGUCAUAGCAGCAGCAGAUUUGAUUGCUGAUUAUUCUGUUGAUUGGGUAAUGAUUUACUAUAAAUCGAAUCCAAAUAAUGAGGGUUACUAAUUAAUGAGAUUGUUUUUCUCAUUAAGAAGUCUCAGGAUCAUAUUGAUAUUCCAAGGAUUUAUAAAUCUAUAAAGGUUAAUCAACGUCAUUUUGUUUGCAUUACCAUAUUUGGGAAAGAUCUUUUCUAUCCUAAUUAUUACAAUGCUUGUAUUUACACUAUUUGGAUGUCAACUCUAUGGAACAAUAGAUGCUGGUCUAGUAAUGGAUGAUUAAUUAAAUUUCAUGAAUGCAGCAAGUGGAAUGAUGACUCUGUUUAAAUGUGCCUCAGGGGAUGAUUGGAGAACCAUUAUGACUGACACUAUGCACCAUAACCCUUUAUGUUGGGAAGACCCUAAAUAUUGUGGAACAUUCUACAGCUAAAUCUAUUUCUUUUUAUUCAUGUUCUUCUCGACUUAUGUGUUGCUCACUCUAUUUUUAUUGAGUUUGGUCGAGCAAUUUGAGUCCUUCUUUUAAUUGUAGAACUCACCCAUACAAACCUAUGUGGAGAAUAUUGAUAAAAUCAAGACAGUCUGGUGUAAAUACUCCUCAGAAACCUAAGGACAGACCAUGCAUUAUAAAUUCCUUUGUAGAUUUCUAUUGGAUAUUGGAAAACCUUUGGGAGGAGGCGAGGAUGAAAACUUAUGGGAUGUCGCCAAAAUUGCAUCCUCCUUCAAAUUGAAAUGUGAUCAUUAUGGAUAUAUACAAUACAAUUAGUUGAUUUAUGAACUAUUCAGAGUUAAAUUUCAUGCAGAAGUAUUCAAGGAAGGCACUCCAGAUUCCAUCAAACAGAUUAAGUAGUACAACAAGGAAACUUAACUUCGUCUCAUGUACUAUAGAAAGAAUAAACACAUCGAAAGAUCCAACAUCAGUUCUGCCCUUCAACUCAAGGCCAAUUUCAAUAUUCUCCAUGAUUAUUUGACAGUUCUCAUCUUAUUCAAGACUUGGGAGUCGUACAGCAAACUACUGAUCAAGAAACUAGCCAAGAAAUAAAACCAGUUCUCAGAUGAGGCCAUCUCUUUAGAUGCUGAAUAAGAACAGAACAACAACAGAAAUCCAAAUCAUCUUAUAGAGCAAGAUGUUUUCGAAGGCUCAGGUGAUGAAGAAACCGAAAAUUGUCAGAGAGUCAUCAAAUAACACCACAUUACUAAUGAAAGUCAUUAAAAUUCCCACUUAGAACUUCCAAUCUACAAGAGUUAACAACCUUUUUCAAUAUAGGAAGAAGACAUUAAACUGAUUUUGUCGCCAGAGCCUGAAAGGUUAAAAAAUAAUUGA